AUGGAAGACUUUGGCUUAUCUCUCAUUAUUUUUUACGGUGCAAAUGUCAAAUUCGUUCUCCGUAAGGCUUACUCGACUAGUGAUUAUAUGUAUAUGAUACCAAAUUUUAAUGGUGAAGACUUUACCAUCGUGUACGAGUACCUAUUCAAGGACAUAAACAUUCUCAUGUCUUGUUCACAAUUUGAGUGGAACAU